GCCAUCUUCUCAUCCCCACCACAGAUGGAGCUGUGUUCACCUCUGCUCGGCGCCAGAGGCAGGCCUGAGUCACUCUGCAGGAAUUAGGAAGUCCGAUCGCUCUUUAUUCAACGCGUCUGAAAGCAGGAGCAGAAAUGUCAGCGUCUGCUUCACAGUCAGAGCUGAGGCUGGUGGUGCUGGGCAGGACUGGAGCAGGACAGAGAUCAGCAUUGAGCUCCAUCCUGAGCCUGCAAGACCAGGAUCAGGGCCCAGAGGCUGCAGAGGUCCAGGAGAGCAGCAAACACAGAGGAGAGGCUGCAGGUAGACAGGUGACGAUAGUCUCCAGUCCAGCCUGGUUCAGCUCAGACUGUAACCCAGAGGAAAGAAGAAAACAUAUCUCCUCCUUCAUCUCCUUAUCCAGCCCCUCUCCACACGCCUUCCUGCUGUGUGUCCCUGUGAACCAGCCUUCCGAUGGAGAGGCGAAGGCGUUGGACGUCCUGACGAAGCUCUUUGGGCCUUCUGCCAUCAGCGGACACACCAUGGUGCUGUUCACCCACACCGAGGUGCUGGAGGAGGACGAGCAGCUGGAGGAGUACCUCGUCAUGUGGCGCAAGGACCUCCUGGAGCUGGUGGAAAGAUGCGGCGACCGCUACCACACCCUGGAAACCCGCGGGGGAGAACCGGAGGAGAGGAAAGCCGUGGAGGAGCUGCUGGAGAAGGUGGAGCAGGCGGUGAAGGAGAGCGGGAACGAGGAUUUCAGCUGCCCUCUGUACCAGGAGGCUGAGGAGAGGCUGAGACGGAAGCAGGUGGAGUUGGUGAGGCAGAGGAGAGGAGGGGAGAUGAACAACACAGAGGAAAACGUGACAGAAGAAGAAAUGGAAUCAGUCCGUGAAGAAGCAGAGAGGAGCGUAGGCGAUCUGGAUGUGGAUGUUGAUAGCAUUUUCCCUUCUACCAGCGUCUCACCUUCAUCCUCUGCUCCCUCUUUCCUCUGGAGCUGGUGGGAGAAGCUGACAGGUUGGAUUAAAUGGCCCAGUUUUGUGAGAAGGGAGGCCCUGCUGGGGGCCCUGGUCGGCCUGUUUGUGGGAGGGCCCUUUGGAGGUAUGGUGGGGGCCACUGUGGGGUCUGUGGCUACUGAGGUGGGGAGAAGAAAAACACAGAAAACUAAAUGAGCGAUAAUAUAUUAUGCAACAAGUCGCACCUUAGAGUAUUUCACUGAGUGGUGUAUCGCUGUGCUGUGGCCUUGCACCCUCCAUAUAGUAUUUAUGCUUGAUCACUGUGCUCCACUACUUGUUUUCAAUUUCACACUGGAUUCUACUUUCUAUUCAAGCUUUAAAUGUUAAAUAAAUUGUGCUUCAUAGAUCUAUAAUAAUCCUUUAAUAGGAAUAAGCUUGGAUUUUCCAAAUUUGAAAAAAUUCAUUUGGCUGUUUUCCAUUCUAACCUUCCAUUUUGUUAAUUGUUAGUUCAGUAAGUCAUCUUGAUGGCAUGAAUGGGUUUGACUCAAAUCUUCCACUACAGUGGAACGUAGCAGCAGAUGAUUCUCUCAGAAAUUGGUGGAGACCAAAACCAGAGCUAAAAUGUCAGGCGAGGUGGACAAUAAAUGCUGAUGUUAAGGCCAGUUUAUGCUUUCCGUCUCAUAAAUUUCAUCAAAAAUUUGCGUCUGCACUUCAAGCGUGCUCGGUGCACAUUUGCUAGAUGUACAAGAAGAUUCUCCAUCAUCCACACUUAAAAUUUAUCAUUAAUGGAGUUGUAAUUAAAGUAGUUGAUGCCAGACUUUGGAGGUGCUUUAUUCAAUCUGUAGAUGUAAGGAAGUGUGUCCACCAAAAUGUUAUUUUUUUUGUCAACUGAAAAUGCCAGGAGCUCUUCUGAAAACAUCCAGCUAAGAGUGGUUGAGAGUUGUUUGGAGGUUUGGCCUUUUUCAGCUGGGAUGCUUUCGUUGCUUUGAUAUUGAAUAUCAAUGGAUGUGAGGCGUUACAUGUAGCAAUUCACAGCUAACAAAAUGUACCUACAAGCUUUAUUUUUCAGAUUUAUAUUGUGGUCGUCUGGAGAUGUCAUCUGGUAGAGACAUGGAUCCUCAGAAAACAACAGUAUUGGCUUCUAUUGUUCAACCCUUGCACUUGUAGGACAGUUUCUGGGGGUUGUGGUAUCCGUCCUGCCUCGCCUCCACUUUGAUGCGAUGACUGGGUAAAAAGUGUCAUUUAUGAUUGCAGCGUUUUCAGCUCUCAGCCAACAGAAAAAAAACUUCCAGCACUUGGCACAGAAGAGACACUCAUACUGUCACACUGCUGCCUUUUUUUUAGCAGCGAGUAAAUAUGUGGCACUUGCAUUAAAAACAAUUUAGAAACCAAGCUGGCCUCCAGAAAGAAUACUUUGGUAGAUACACCCCCUUAAAUCUGCCACUUAGGGUGCAUCAGUAUACAGUAUUAUCACCUUUUAUGUAGGUAUUGCUAUGUGUUAGCAAACAGUUGGUUAUUUAGACAUCCCUGAUGCAGAAUAAAAGGCCAAUUCAUGUUUUCCACAUGAGCGAUGUAGACUUUGAAAGUGGACAUGCAUGUGAUUCUGUUCAUAAUCCUCAUAGCUUCAGUAUUUCCAGUCUAUUCAUACUACAGUAGUGUGUGUGGUAUGUACUGUAGAUGGUUGCAUUGUGCCUCAUAUUGAGCACAGAAAAAUGCACAUGGCUCCUGUUGAUGUUUCUGAAACUGUGCACUUAUUACAAGAUGUAGCAGGGAGACACAGAUCGGACUUUGUUCCUGAGGUGUCAGUAAUUAUUCCUGAGGUGUGGCGAGCACAGUGGGUGGACUCAGCACAGGAUUUCUGGAGAAUUUAGAACUUCCUACUGUGUUUGUGUGUAGUCGAUGGAAAGCAUGUACAAAUCAAAGCACCUCCAAAGUCCAGCAGCAACUACUUUAAUUACAUCUCUGUUAAUGAUGAAUUUUAGGAGUGGAUGAUGGAGAUGCUCUUGUACAGUCAAACGACCAUUUGUUUUAAACACCUGGCAUGCUUGCAGUGCAGACAGUGGGCACCUACAGAGGGGUCACGGACUUGGAGUGGAUGAUGAAAUUUGUGACGGAAAGCAUAAAUUGGCCUUAACGUCAGUAUUUAUCGUCCACCUCGCCUGACAUUUAACUCUGUUUUUUGGUCUCCACCAGUUUCUGGGAGAAAUAUCUGCUUUUUUAGCCACUCAUGUUCCACCGUGUUUACAAGUCAUUUGCAACUUAGUGUAUAUGUUGUUUACUGCAGAACAGGUAGUUUACACUUUUUUUUUUUUUGGAAGCUUUUUCCGGCCUGUAGACAACAUUAUGAGAGCUGUGAGAGUGAAUGAAAACUGUUGGAGGGGGAAAAAAAGCAAAAUAUUGAGUAUAAAGAUGCUAAAGGUUUAUAAAGCUGAGGUGAGGUUUCAGACCAGGUUGGUGGGUUUGUCGCUAUGAGAGAGACCAAAACACAUAUCAAUUCAUUUAUUGUUAUUAUGAAAUUCUUGACUAUAGCUGCUUUAACCAAAAUCUAACAAGCAAGUGGAGCUAACCAACAGAGUCUGCACAGUGGCUUGGUGGUUAGCACUUUGGCCUUGCAGCUAGAAGAUCCCUGGUAUCUUUCUGUGUGGAGUUUGCAUGUUCUCCCUGUGCAGGCGUGGGUUUUCUGGUACUCCAGCUUCCUCCCACAGUCCAGGAUAAUUAGGAACUUUAAAUUGUCCGUAGGUGUGAAUACGAGCCCUGUGAAAGACCCUAAGUCAGCUGGGAAAGACUCCAGCCCUCUGCAACCCUAAUGAGGAUUAAGCGUGUAUAAAUAAUGGAUGGAUGGAUGUCCAACAGCCAAAAACAUACUCAUAGUCUGGAAACCAAGCUGUAUUUAUGAGUGAUCUCUAAAGGAAUUAUUUAUUAACAAUUAAUCCUUUUUAGAGUUUUUAAAAAAUGCUACAGUGAAUGGUUGAAACAUUUUCGAGAGGAGGCAAUGCCAAGAAAAUCCACAAGGUGGAGACAUUGAUCUUUAUAUCCUAGAGAUUUAAAGCCUUAAGAUGAACUGAGAGAUACAUAUUUACUGCUUACCAAGCAAAUAAAAGCUGCUGUUUUAAGUACA